AUCAAAUCGCAUGGAAAUAUCUCAAGUUUCUGUCCGCUGCAUGUGGGGUUGCAAGUCCACUCUCUCACCACUUGAAACUCUUUUCAGACCACAAACAGUUUUUUUUUUUUUUUUUUUUUUUUUUGAUGAAUCAGGCCACAAACAGUUUAUGCAAUUCUUGACCAUUAGAUUACACAAAACUUUUCCCCUGGGUUUAUCACUUUAAAUUGUCCAUACACAAAUAUGAAUUUCCACAAAUGAUAGAUUGGUAUCCGCAGCUACAAAAAUUAGAAAUGGGAUGGUGUUUUUUUAAGUAUUAGUUAAAGCAAUUGUGGACCAGUGAUUGUACAAAAUUUAUAACAAAUAUUUUAAGAGGGAAAAGUCACGAGUUAAAAUGGUACUAGUGGCGUUAAAAAAGAAACGAGUUUUUAAGUCAUAUGCGAGAACAUAAAGGCCAUUUAUGUACCAACGAACAAAAGAGUAAAAGGACAGAUAAGAGAGACAAAGAGAGAAGAAGAAACUGCAAAGUGUUUUGAUUUUGGGUGAUCAGAGAAGUUAAAAAGAGUUUGAUUUGUUCAAUUACUGCACAGAUGCUAACUGGGUUGUCUUCUAUCUAUGCAGUUUGCGGUGAUGCAGCUGGAAUUGCAGACCAACAUUCAGAAGAAUUAUCAGAAACCAGUCAACAGAACAAUUCUCUGGGUUGCCUUAUGUGUAUGCCCUCUUGAACUGUUUGAUAUGCUUUUGGUAUGGCAGUCCUUUUGUAUCUCCUGGUGUCAUACUAGUUGCCACAGUGAAUUCAAUUGGAGCAUUUUUCCAAUCAAUCUACUUGAGCAUUUUCAUCUUAUAUGCUGAAAGAGCAAUAAAGCUGAGGAUGACAGGACUCCUUCUGGCAGCUGUGAAGUCCAGCCGCACCAACCAACCUCACCAACCACAACCUCACCAACCACAGCCACCAUUGUUGACAGCCACCAUUGUUGAUCAACAAUUGUGGGCUAAGAUGUUGAAAAGUGUGGCCUUGUAAGCCUAUAAAUAGGCUCCUUACCUUUGCAUGAAAACCAAGCCAAGAGAGCAAUCUCAAUCCUCCCAAGUGAGGAGAAUUGAGAGAAAACUCCAAGAGAGAGAGUUGUUUAAGUUCCAGAGAGAACUUGAGAGAAGAGUGAGCAAUUCCAGAGAGAAUUGGAGAGUGCAGAGAGAGGUUCCACGAGAGAAUCCUCCAUGAGAGAAGUUUUUAUUUUUGUAUUCUAUUUUUAAGAGAUUAAUAGAAUUCUUUUAUUUUCUUCUCAUAUUUCUUCUUUAAAAUGGUCAGAGAACCACAACAAGUGGUAUCAGAGCUCCAGGUCGAGAGCUUGGGUCCAAAAUUUGAAGAAACAAAGCUACUGUUCUUCAAGUUGGUGUUUCGGAAAGUUGCUCAAAUAAUUAAUUUGACAAUUCCAGGUGAAAGUACCCGACGAGAGGAGAACAACGAAGCUCGCCGGAAAGAAAACGGACGUCUCACGCGCCCGCACGCGCCGACUGAAAUUUUUCUGCAACUGUUCACGCGCCCACGCGCCGCACGCGCCGUCUGGAGGUUGAAGACGACCACGUCAGCAGCCACGUCAGCACACCUGCCACGUCAUCUGCCACGCCAGCCGACACGUCAUCUGCCACGUGUCGCCACGUCAUCUGACACGUCAUCUGCCACGUGGUGCCACGUCAGCACCAUCUGCCACGUCAGCAAUAUUUUCUGAAAUUACGGAACAGCCCCUGAAGUUUCGGAAAUUACGGAACAGCCCUGAAUUAUUGGAAAUUACAGAGUGACCCCUGUAGUUUUCUGAAAUUACGGUGAAGCCCCUGAACUAUUGGAAAUUACAGAUUGACCCCUGAAGUUUCUGUAUUUGCAGGUUGACCCAGAAAUUUUGUGAAAUUACAGUUUUGCCCCAAAAUUUCUGGUAAUUAUAUUUUGACCCCGGAAGAGUCAAGUCCACCAUUUUCGGCCGUUCCGGACGCAACGGUUAACUCCGUUUUGCCAAAUUCAGCUCCAAUUUUGGUCAAGCCAUAAUGUCAAUGGAAGAAUCAUCUUCGGGAGCUAUGGUUAAGCUCACUGCCACAAAUUAUACACUUUGGAGACCUCGGAUGGAAGAUCUCCUCAAUUGUAAGGAUCUGUUUGAUCCUAUAGAAGCUAAAGGCGAAAACCCCGAUCCCAGCAAAGUAGCAGAAUGGAAGAAAUUAAACAAGAAAACGAUCGGUCAGAUCAGGCAAUGGAUCGACCACAGUGUCUUCCAUCAUGUAGCGAAGGAAACGGAUGCAUAUGCCCUCUGGACAAAAUUGGAGGACAUGUACCAGGCCAAGACUGCUCGGAACAAAGCCCUGUUGCUUAAGCGAUUGGUACAUCUAACAUUACAGAGUGGAACUUCUGUAGCCGAGCAUACCAGUGAGUUCCAGAGCUUGGUAAAUCAACUAUCUGCUGUGGAUUACCAACUAGGGGAUGAGGAUCAGGCCCUCCUACUUCUAAGCUCUCUUCCAGACAGUUGGGAGACAUUGGUAGUCUCUCUCAGCAAUUCGGCCCCGAAUGGCAAACUUACUCUGUCUAUGGUUAAGGAUGCCCUAUUUAAUGAAGAGGCCAGGAGAAAGGACAUUGGCAUGGAUCAGUCACAUGCCCUCGUCACAGAGAGAGGAAGACAGCAAAGAGGUGGUCGAGAUAGGGGGAGAGGCAGGAGCAAGAGCAGAGGCAGAUCUACAGACGGCAGAAAAUCAUCGUAUAAGUGCUAUCAUUGUGGCCUGGAGGGUCACAUGAAGAAGAACUGCAGAAAGUUGUUGAGAGAGCAGAGACUCCAAGGUAAUCAGCCGAAGAAGGAUGGAGAGACACUAGUCACUUGUACAGGAGAAGUGGCGCUCUGCUCCACCGAAGAAGAGACAUGCCUUCAUAUAUCAACCCAAGAUGUUGAGUGGGUAGUCGAUACUGCAGCAUCCUACCAUGUCACUCCACACAGAGAUUUCUUUAAAACGUACAAAGCAGGAGACUUUGGUACGGUAAAGAUGGGAAAUUCCAGUUUCGCAAAGAUUAUGGGAACUGGUGAUAUUCAGAUAAAAACGAAUAUUGGUUGUACAAUCACUUUGAAGGAUGUCUGUCAUGUUCCAGACCUUCGGCUUAAUCUACUUUCGGGAGCAGCCUUAGACAAGCAAGGCUAUGACAACUACUUUAGCAAAGGCACAUGGAAAAUGACGAAAGGUGCCAUAGUUGUCGCCCGAGGACAUAUUUGUGGAACGUUGUACAAGACUCAUGUGAAGAUAUGUGCAGACAGCCUCAAUAUUGCAGAAGGAGAGGCGUCUCAAAAUCUGUGGCACCAGAGACUCGGUCACAUGAGUGAAAAAGGAUUGUCCACUUUGGCAAGGAAGAAGCUUAUCACUGUUUGCAAGGAUGCUGUGCUAGAUCCUUGUAAUCACUGCUUGUUUGGUAAGCAACAUAGAGUCUCUUUCAGUUCCUCUGCAUUAAGAAGAUCAGAGUUGCUUAGUCUGGUGCACUCUGAUGUUUGUGGUCCCAUGGAGGUGGAAUCAUUAGGUGGCAACAAGUAUUUCCUGACCUUCAUUGAUGAUGCUUCACGGAAGGUGUGGGUAUAUUUCUUGAAGACAAAGGACCAGGUAUUGGAUUACUUCAAACUGUUUCAUACCAUGGUAGAGCGUGAAACAGGAAAGAAGCUGAAAUGUCUCCGCUCAGAUAAUGGAGGCGAGUAUACUUCCAAGGAGUUCGAUGCCUACUGCAGAAGACACGGCAUUCGACAUGAGAAGACGGUCCCUCGCACCCCACAACAUAAUGGAAUAGCCGAAAGAAUGAACCGAACCAUUAUGGAAAAGGUCAGAAGUAUGCUCAGUAUGGCUAAGCUGCCAAAGCCAUUCUGGGGAGAAGCUGUUCGUGCCGCCUGCUAUUUAAUCAACAGAUCACCGUCAGUACCGUUGAAUUUUGAUAUUCCGGAGAAAAUGUGGUCGGGUAAGAUUCCCUCCUACUCUCAUUUAAGAGUAUUUGGUUGUAUAGCUUAUGUACAUGUAUCCAAGGAGCUCAGACAGAAGCUCGAUGCAAGAUCUACUCCAUGCAUCUUUAUAGGAUAUGGAGACGAAGAAUUCAGAUACAGGUUUUGGGACCCGAAAACCAAGAAGGUUAUUAGAAGCAGGGAUGUAGUAUUCCAAGAAAACCAGAAAAUGGAAGACAUUGAAAAGCCCAGAAUGUCUCCUAAUUAUAGUUCUAGUGCCGAGAAUUUUUGUCCUAAUCCAGCACCAGCACAAAUAGCCACAGAGGAUAAUGAGGUGCAUGAAGAUAUACCAGAAGCAGACCAGGAGGAAGAAGGGGAUAAUGAGCAGGGGGAGACUCAAUCCUCUCAAGCAGCUGCAGGGCCAUCACAGCGGUCAGAUGAUGGUACACCUCCUGAAACCAGUGGUUUACAAGUUCGGAGAUCUGAGCGAGGCCGAAUUCCAUCAAAGAGAUUUUCAGAAUCUGAGUAUAUUCUGCUUACUGAAGAAGGGGAGCCAGAGAGUUUCCAGGAAGCUGUUUCUCAUCAAGAGAAGGAAAAGUGGCUGCAAGCAAUGCAAGAUGAGAUGGAAUCCUUGCAGAAAAAUCAUACUUAUGAGUUGGUUGAGCUUCCAACAGGAAAGAAGGCACUAAAGAAUAAAUGGGUGUUCAAGCUCAAGAAAGAUGGCAGCGGAAGGGUGGUGAAACACAAAGCCCGAUUGGUGGUCAAAGGAUUUCUUCAGAAGAAAGGAAUUGACUUUGAUGAGAUUUUUUCACCAGUGGUAAAAAUGACUUCAAUUCGAGUCAUUUUUGGUUUAGUAGCAAGUCUAAACCUAGAGCUUGAGCAGAUGGAUGUGAAGACAGCAUUUCUUCACGGUGAUUUACAUGAAGAAAUCUACAUGGAGCAGCCAGAAGGAUUUGAGGUUUUAUGGAAAGAAAACCUCGUAUGCAAGCUAAAGAAGAGCUUGUAUGGCCUCAAGCAAGCACCAAGACAAUGGUAUAAGAAGUUUGACUCGUUUAUGGUGAGUCAAGGCUAUAAAAGGACUGCAGCAGACCAGUGUGUUUAUAUUAAAAAAUUUUCAGGUGGAAACUUCAUUGCACUUUUGCUAUAUGUGGACGACAUGUUGAUCGUUGGACAAGAUGCAAUGAAGAUGAGUCAGCUGAAGAAAGAAUUGUCUAAGUCUUUUGAUAUGAAAGACUUAGGACCAGCUCAACAAAUUUUGGGAAUGCAAAUAAUCCGAGACAGGAAAAAUAGAAGGUUAUGGCUAUCUCAAGAGAAGUAUGUUGAACGGGUGAUAAAGAGAUUCAACAUGGAUAAAGCCAAACCGGUCAGCAUUCCACUUGCGAAUCAUUUCAAGUUGAGUAAGAGAUUGUGCCCCUCAUCCAAAGAAGAGAUAGAGGAGAUGGCUUCAGUACCAUAUUCUUCAGCGGUAGGAAGUCUGAUGUAUGCAAUGGUGUGUACCAGACCAGACAUUGCUCAUGCAGUAGGUGUUGUGAGCAGAUUUCUUUCAAAUCCUGGAAAGAAACACUGGGAAGCAGUCAAAUGGAUUCUCAGGUAUCUUAAAGGUACAUCGAAGCUGUGCUUGUGCUACGGGGGAGGUGAUCCAAUCUUAGAAGGCUAUACAGAUGCAGAUAUGGCCGGAGACCCUGAUAAUAGAAAAUCUACAUCAGGUUAUCUCUACACUUUUGUAGGGGGAGCUGUGUCAUGGCAGUCAAGAUUGCAGAAGUGUGUUGCUUUAUCCACUACUGAAGCAGAGUACAUUGCCGCAGCGGAAGCGGGUAAGGAAAUGUUGUGGUUAAAGCGUUUUCUCACAGAAUUGGGCAUCAAGCAAGAAGACUACAAGGUACAUUGUGAUAACCAAAGUGCCAUGGAUUUGAGCAAAAACUCAAUGUAUCAUUCCCGUACAAAGCACAUUGACAUUCGCUAUCAUUGGAUACGCGAAGUAAUAGGUCAACAGUUGCUGAAACUGUUGAAGAUUCACACAAAAGAGAAUCCAGCAGAUAUGCUAACAAAAGUUGUUGCUCAAGAGAAGCUGAAGCUAUGCAGAGACAUAGCUGGAAUAGAUGGCAGAUGACCAUCAGUUUUAAAUGCGGCUGGAGGGGGAGAAUUGUGAAGUCCAGCCGCACCAACCAACCUCACCAACCACAACCUCACCAACCACAGCCACCAUUGUUGACAGCCACCAUUGUUGAUCAACAAUUGUGGGCUAAGAUGUUGAAAAGUGUGGCCUUGUAAGCCUAUAAAUAGGCUCCUUACCUUUGCAUGAAAACCAAGCCAAGAGAGCAAUCUCAAUCCUCCCAAGUGAGGAGAAUUGAGAGAAAACUCCAAGAGAGAGAGUUGUUUAAGUUCCAGAGAGAACUUGAGAGAAGAGUGAGCAAUUCCAGAGAGAAUUGGAAAGUGCAGAGAGAGGUUCCACGAGAGAAUCCUCCAUGAGAGAAGUUUUUAUUUUUGUAUUCUAUUUUUAAGAGAUUAAUAGAAUUCUUUUAUUUUCUUCUCA